AAAGUUGUACAGCUGAUUACAUUUGAAGCACAGCAGAAAACACAAAGGUAUUGUUAAUGUGUUUUUCGUGGUAGAAAAAUUUGCUUCCCAAAUUUGCAUUGACACGAAAUAGAUUAUAGGACGAGGAUCGGUUUUACGCAAUAUCGUGCAAACAGUGUUCGUAAGUGUACGCGCGUCGACCGUACGUAGUAAUGUUCAAUUUCGACGGAGACUUCCGUCGAAGGCCGCAGCAAAAUCUCGGUGGUGCAUCGCAGAAGUCGGACCGCAUCACGAUCAUCCGGAAGGCGCAGCAGGAGCGCCAGAAGCGGGAGGAUGUUCGCCGGCAGCAGAACGGUGCCGUGGUAAUUCAGAGCUCGGUACGCAGUUUCAUCCAGCGGCAGAUUGUAAAGCGACGGGAACGGGAUCGCUUCGACCAGUAUCGGAGGACGUGCGGGGUGCGCAAUUUGCAGGAUCUGGAGUACCUGGUCAGGCGGAUCGAGUUCUUCUACCACAUCAAGCAGGACGGCGAACGCUUGAUUUUCCUCUGCCAGUAUGCGAUUAAGAAUCCUGGCGAGGUUUUUGGAGUGGCCGCGUCGCAGUCGAUGUGGACACAUCGAAUCAAGAAACUGUUGGGACUAUGCCUGCAGCAAAUAUUUCUUCCGGAACAUUCACCGACCAUUCCAAUGCGGAUGCUGGAAAUCUACUCGUCCCACACCUCCAUCGACAAGUACAUCCCCAAGGACAAUCCACAAGUGAGCCGCAACUACCUGGAGAAUAUCUUCUGCUACCUUAUAAGACAGAAGUAUUUCAAAAUUGUGCGUCAGUUGAUAGAGGAGAAGAUUCCCCCGGUGGAUGAGGACACAACAGCGAUUCCAAACCCGAUUGCCGAUGCGUUGCUUAAGAUGUUACUCCGCCCGUUGAAGCUGCUGCCCACGUCAAACGAAGCGUUCAACAAGAACAUCCUGCAAUCGUUCACGUUCCACAUCCUGUCGCCAGGAUUUUCCGAUCAGAUCAAAUACUACAUCGUACCAUCGCUGGCCAAGAGUGGUGACUUUCCGUACAUCUGCCUGAUGCGGUUCAUUGCCGAAGAGUACCAAGUUCGGUUGGACUAUCAGAACACUAUUCUGAUCGAUAUCGAUGACGAAAUGGACGACGGCGCGGCGACGACCACGAUGACAACGACAGCCGGCGAGAGCUCUGCCGGUGCUUCGAAAAAGGCCCGGAAGACUCGGGAAAAGGAAACGCUGGUGCUGUCCAGUUCGCUGCUGUACUGUGUGAUGAAGCUGGGCGAUGCAGCAUUUGAUAAACUAAACACGGAAGAACUUUACGGAGCCUAUGUAAAGGUUGUCUCGUCGAUGGUAAGCAAUAUCACCAAGCUCCCGCGGCUAGCGAGUGAAAGCUACCACAACCGGCACGAUGAUUCCAGUGAUUCCGAAUCGGAGCCGGAAGACGUUCCCAUGUUGACAAGCAUAGAGAACCAAACCCUAACGGACAUCAUCGGCAUGCUGAACGAUAACAAGAGAGUGUCGUUUGUGGUUCGGUACAUAGACGAAGUGCUGGAAAAGCCGGAUAUUGUGCAGUACCUGUGCUUGAUCUGUCACAAUCUGAUGACGUACAAUCGGCUGGCAGUGUACGAGUACAAGCUGCUGUACAUGUUGGCAUCGAAGCCGCAGUUCAUCCGUUCGCUAUGGUACACCUUGACGGCGCAGACGGCCAGCCAAGGAUUCUCGUCACCAAUAUCGUUGCUGUCCAAGGGAUUGACCAUCUCCAAAUACGACUCGGACAGAAUCGUCCCGAUUCUGGCAUCGUUUUGCGCCUUGUUCGGGCGUCUCAUUGCAACCCUCAGCGACACAGAAUUCUGCCAGGAGAAUGUCCUUCCCGGCACGGUUAGUAAAAUCAUGCCGUUCACCCUCGCCGAAAUCAUCCCACUCAGUACGACGUUGAAGGAGAUUUCCCUCGGGCUGGUCGAGCUUGCAUUCCCCGAAACCCGUUCCUCGCUCAAGGACAGCUACCGAACGAUGCUGACGUCGUUGAACAACGAGUCCACCACCCACUAUCGGCUCAAGUGCGACACCAACGACCAAAGCAAAAACGUGUGGCCCCAUCUGCUGAAGGUAUGCGUAUCGUUGCUGCGGCAGAUUCACACCCGCGAUUUGCGGAGAGUUUUCUGCCCGGAAGGCCACUGGACGGCUCAGAACCUCAAUCUCCCACUGGACAAACCCACCGAUUUGCAUCUGUCCCGUGGCAGGCGAGGUCCACGGCCUUUUCAACCGAUUCGGGAUUUCACCCGAGAGGAUGUGGAGGACGGACCGCCGCUGUCGACGAAGCAGAUCCGCUCGAUUACGAUCCUGCGGGAGAUUCCCUUCGUGGUGGCAUUCAACACGCGCGUCGGGGUUUUUCAAGGUCUAGUGUCGGCCGACAAACUCCGGACGCAGGGUGACCUGCAAGGCUUCCUACAGGGACCGUCCAUUCAGCUGACCGUGCGGCGAUCGCAUCUCUACGAGGAUGCGUUCGACAAGCUGAGCCCGAUUAACGAACCCGAUCUCCGACCGAAGUUUCGUAUCGAAAUGGUCAAUUCGGCUGGGAUGCGGGAGGCCGGCAUCGACGGCGGUGGAGUUUUCCGAGAGUUUCUUUCCGAGCUUAUCAAAACUGCAUUCGAUCCACAUCGGGGAUUUUUCAUGAUCAGUAAGGACAACAUGCUGUAUCCGAAUCCGAGCGUCGGCAAGAUUGUGGAAGACUACCAGCGACAUUAUUACUUUAUCGGGCGAAUUUUGGGGAAGGCACUGUACGAAAAUCUCCUCGUAGAACUACCGCUGGCGGAAUUUUUCCUAUCGAAACUAGCCGGAAAGCACUCCGACGUGGACAUUCAUCAGCUUACGUCCCUGGAUCCAGUGUUGCACAGGAACCUGAUGUCGCUGAAGGCCUACGAAGGGGACGUCUCGGAUCUGGGAUUAGAUUUUACGAUAGUCUGUGAUGAACUAGGUGAAACUAGGAUAGAGGAGCUGAAACCGAACGGUGCCAACAUCACGGUCAGCUCGUCCAAUCGGCUCGAGUACAUCCAGCUCAUGGCCGACUUCAAGCUGAACAAACAGAUCCGUUCGCAGUGUCUGGCCUUCCGGCAGGGCCUGGCCAACGUGCUCCCCGUCGAAUGGUUGUACAUGUUUAGCAACAAGGAACUGCAGGUGCUGACCUCCGGAGCGGAAAUCCCGGUCGAUGUGAACGACCUUCGACAGAACACGCGCUACGGAGGGGACUUUACGCUCGAACAUCAAACGAUUCAGCUGUUCUGGAAGGUGGUGGAAGAAUUCGACGACAUCCAGCGGCGACAGUUGCUGAAAUUUGUCACCAGCUGUUCCCGCCCUCCGCUGUUAGGUUUUAAAGAUCUAGAUCCCCCCUUUUGCAUACAGAAUGCCGGCGAUACCGAUCGUCUUCCAUCGGCGAGCACCUGCAUGAAUCUGCUGAAGCUGCCGGCCUUCGAGAAAGAGGAUGUCCUGCGGGAGAAGUUGCUCUACGCCAUCCAGAGUGGCGCCGGGUUCGAACUGAGUUAAGGUAAUCUGUGUGAGUUGAUCGACUGUCCAUGUGUAACAUUUUAUGUCCCUACGGUUUGGGUUCCACUUCCGCUUUUUUUUCCCGGUCUUGGUUGGCAGUACUGUGCGGGGUAGUAAUUGUGUGAAUAAUAGUUUUUCGUGUCACGAUGAAUGCAAUUGAAUCGCUCCAUAUUUCAACCUAUAAGUAUAAUUUAUUUCGCGAGAGAAUAUUUUAGCGCUAGUGUAGAGGCAUCCUUCUCUAUUCAAUGACAAAUUACAUUAUUAUGAAGUUGAAUGCAAAGAAAUAAAAAGGCGUAAUUUAUGAGAA